AUGAUUGGGUUGGAGUCGUGGUUUGCGAAUUUCAGCCAAAUCUCACAAAGAUGGAUUACCGCAGAAUCACUAGCAGAAAUUCCCCGUCCACAUCUCGAAUAUGCGAUCUGGGGACUUUGGAAAGGCGGCCAAGUGAUGUCGAUUUUAGGAGGUCUCGUUGUUCAUCCGAUCUAUCGUUUAUAUCAACAACGACAACUAACACCCGAAACGACAACUACAAACUCGGAUAAAAUUAUUCGAAAUAAUUGUCGACGGAUACAGGGUCGUUUUCUAUUGCUUGGACUAGUUGGCGGACCAAUGCUCGCCUAUUUUCAUUCGAAUACGAUGACUGAAUCUGAGUUGAAAGCAAGAUGUUAUCAAAUACGAUUAGAUGGAGAAGGACUCACGAUGGAUCGCAUGACUUUUGUUUUCGGUUUCAUUGGAUGGUAUUGGAGACGUUUUCAGGGUGCAGUUGAUGGGAUUAACCUCGGAAUUGUGGGUGCGUUGGCGCACAGGAAAUUGGUAGCACCCUACACAACACCCAUGUUUUAUGAUGCGAUCCCCAAAGAGGAGCAAUACGAGAAUGUGAUAUCCGGCGAGAAACACGGAGCCUCGAAAUUGAAGCAAUUUUUGAUAGAAAUGGAUGAAAAGAAAGCAACCAAUCGACUCCGACGGAGUCUUGAGGACAAUUUGCUGAAAGACGAUCCGACGGCACGGUGCAGAAAUGGAGGGAUUUUCGAGGGGGGACAAUGUCAUUGCAUACAUCCACACACUGGACCCACGUGUCAAGAUUAUGCGUGCACAAGUCACGGAAAAUCAGUGGGUCGUCGAUAUGAUCCAAAUUCUUUAUUCUUCAACAAACCGUGCAUUUGUGAUGAGGGAUGGGAGGGAGAUUUGUGCGAAUUUCGACUCACCGAUCGGUGUUCGGAUCGUGGUGAAUGGGUGAAAGAUCAUUGUCAUUGUAUGGGGUAUUUCUUCGGAUCCGAAUGUCAAUACACAUCACGGUGUGAUCAGGGAACGAUAAGGCAUGGGCGUUGUAUUUGCAAUACCGAUUGGGAGGGUGAUUAUUGCCAUCAAAUUCUUUGUCAUCAUGGCUAUGCUGAUACAAAAAACAACUCAAAAUCUUGCGUUUGCCCACCUCAAUACAAAGGAAUUCAUUGUGAUGAGUGCGCGCAAGUUGGUCCAAAGAUUGAGCCUUAUCCAAAAUGUGUCGUCAAUUUGUAUCCAAGACACGCGAUUCAAACGAGAAAAAAGACGAAAACAGAGAUUCGUCACCGUUUCAUCAUUAUAAUGUGUGCUUGCGCUUUUUUAGCGGUCAUCGCUUUGAUGAUGGUUUUCGUGCAUUAUAGGAGGAAGAAAAAUAAAAAUCCUGAGGUGGAACUUGCUCGGCAACAAGAAUUAGAUGAACGAACAGCCAUGUUGACUGAACAAGCAAUGACGAGUGCGAUGGCACCGGUGGCUCAACGGAAAAAGUCUCUUUUAGGGACAUUUCAAUUGAGAAGAGAUAUCUCCAAAGAUUCUUCAUUCACGAAAAAAGACCCUCGAAGACUUUCCCUCCAAAAUCCAUUCACUCUUCGCGAUCGGUCAAGGGGAUCCGAUGAAAAUUCA